UCAACUUUCCCUACCUCUACAUCGUGGCUUCCAUGAUGCUCAAUGUGCGCCUGCAGGUUCACAUUGAGAUCCACUGAAGGCCAUCCCUGACUAAUAGACAUCACCCCGGCUCACUGCAUCAGAGGGAGCAAAGCAUGAGGGGUGGAAGAGGGACCCUAGGUACUUGCCUGGAAACUGUAAAGAGGUCACAAGGAGGUGACUUGGACAAACUAUCAUGUGGCCUUAAGACGAGAAGCCAGAAGGGGAGCCCCAGCUCAGCAGAUGUGCCUUCCUGGACAGGUCAGCCUGCAGCAGAUACUGAUGGAAAGUCACAGGACACAGUGGUGGCAUCCUUGGGAAUGAAACAUGAUCAGAGUGAGGCUGACCUCAUGCUUCACAGUGGGUACAGAGUGCUUCAGUAUCUGAAGGAAUCAAUGGGAAGAAAUUUGGCUCCAGCAGCUUCUGUAAGCAAGGUUCUGUCAUCUGCUUUGGAAGAACAUCUGUCAGGGGUAUCCUAUGGCAUUGGAGAUGCCAUAGGAAGCGACUGGCCAGGAAGAAGGCCCAGGGCCACAGACAGCUGUGGACAGUACCCCAAAGGAGAGUCCUGGGUGUCAGGAUGGCCAGGCCAUCCAAAACUGAGGGAAAUGGGUUUCCUGAAGGGUGAACAACUAAGUGCUGCCACUGAGGGGCCGGACACCAGGUUGGAACUGUCUAACCCAUAUUUUGAGCUGUGCCAGCUGCUAUAUGCUUAUGCCUAUUGUGCAGUUCUCCCAGAAGACGAGACAAGAUGUGUAUUCCUCCUGUUCAUACCCCUGUUUUCAGAACAAAAAGUAGAGUACGAGGAAACUCUCUCAAGCUUAAAACACUUCAGAUGGUCUGCAGAUAGUCAUGAGGUCACUGGCUCUGCAAUCUUCCAGAUUAGCAAGUCUGAUGCCAUAGUUAAGGUACAAGCAGAACAAUAAAAAUAGCAGAUUAAUUUUAAAGGUUGUCUUGCAGUUUCUUUUGCAUUAAAUCUGGCAUACGCUGCAGCCAUUCAGUUCCUGCUCUGAUUCCUGUGACCAGACACACCUCGCUGAUUGAUGCAGAGGGACAUUUUGAGCAUGUUUUCAGUUGUUUCGGAAAGACUUGGAACUGGGAAAACCCUUCCAGGAGAUGAUUGGUCUAUCCAGUAUAAGAUCAGACGAGAACUAUGUAGUGCAGAGUUCUUUAUCGUGGAGACCCAUUCUAAAGGGCUAGCAUCCCAGAUGCCGCCUGUCUUGGCUCACUUCUGGCCAUCUGAUGGAAGUGGAGAUCUGUAGGCUACCCCCUCCACUUCUGGUAAGCCUUGCUCUGGUCAUGAAGAGUCUCACCAUCUGCACUGUAUGGACUCUCUGACCUGCAGCCACACAUCCUGUCUCACGUGCUCUUUCCUUCCGCUUGAAUUGUAGUUUUCAACGGCAGCACUUUGGAAAAGUUGCAAUAUUAAAUUUAGGAUUAUCUUAAACCACAGAAGAGUUUGAGACUCUUUUCUGCUGACAGAACACAGAUUACAAAUGAAGUGGUCCUCCCCCCCAACCCUAGGAUUCAUGAUCUCUUUUAUCUUAAGAUUAUUUUCUAAAGUAAUUCUCCAUUUGUGGUUUGUUGAUAACUUUAAUAAAGGUCGCUUAAGGAGUGGACAUUUUUAAAGCUCCCUACCCAAGAGAGAGUUAAAAAACAGCCCAGGGUGGGGGAGAGAGCAACCUGACUGUAUAUGUCAUUUUAUUGUGUGCUAAAUUACUAUGCCAUGGGCUAUUUUAGUGUUUUGGGGAAAUAAUAAAAUCUGUUCUUUAGCAUAAUAAAUAUGUUUUAUUUUGUGUGUGUG